GUCCAGUAUCGUGUAUAGUAUUUUCGACUUCGCAAACGCUGUAGUGUUCUCCAAUGACAUCGUACGACUUACAUUGAUAUUCAUGAGGAUUAUUGAGACUACUUAGUCUCGGGGCGCGACGAAGAAAAUUUAAGCAGGAAAGAAGAUACAAGUUCUGAAGGGAUACUCGAAGAAAGUGAUCUUGGGAAGCCACAGCAGCUGGAGGCAUUCGGUGCCUCAUAUCAACUCCCCAACCUGUCGUCAUCGACUUACCGUCGAUGUAGAAAGGCCUUCAACCAUCUAGAUGCAUCACCCGUCAUCUCCACGCGCCAAGUACCCGCUUCCAAGCCGUAUCCACACACUCGAAGUGUAGCCGCAGCUCUUAGACCAUGCGUUUGUUCAGCCACAAUCGUCUAUUUCCAAAGCAGUAAGUCACUCCUUGACGUAGAUCCUCCAGACGACCACAUGGAAGGCGAACCAAGAUCGAUGUUGUGGCUUGUUGCCUAUUUGGGCGUGAGAGCAGGACGCUACCCGCGCCUAAUGACCAUAUAUCCAGGUGGAGGCAAGACUUUCGCGGUCGAGAUUGGAAAAUUGCGUCGCAGAAGAAUGAGCGGUUUGACAGGUCAUCGACACACUCGAAAAGGGCACAUAGGCCUGCAAUGUGUGCAUCAUGUGAGGUGCGCAAAUUCUGGGAGGCUUAUUGUUGCAACUAGCAGCUAGCUGAGAACUCUCCUCUUCUGUAAACAGGUUUGUGUGAUCAGG